AGGCCCGGAAGAAGAAGAGUGACGUCACCGCCCCGGCCAAAACAUGGCGACUAUGGACGUGGAGGACUUCAUCGGACAGAACAGGCAGCUGUCGGAUUUAGUUGAGACGUUCCGCAGCUUUUCCGAAAGCGAAAAACAGUGGAAGGGCAGGAGGGAGUUUUUAUUCCGAAACAUCAACGAUUAUGAAGACCCUCACCUGGAUCAGCUGCUCGCGCUGUCUAUGGUGUGGGCGAACCACGUGUUCCUGGGCUGCAGGUAUGAUGCAGUGCUGCUGGAGAAGGUGCGAGAGAUGGCCGAGGGGAUCGUUGUGGAGGACGCUCCUGUUUUUAAGACCAGAGAUGAAGUGAUCAAGCAGCAGCAACAGAAGAGGUGACGCCUGCAUGCCUCAUCAUUACAUCUGAUGAAGAUCAUCACCACACUUGUUUCAUCCCUAGCUGUACAUACGACGACCUGUUUUUGGUAUUUUUAAAAUACUAUUUUUUUUUUUUUUUAUUAUGCAUGUUUUAAUAAUGAGCUACAAUAAAAACGAAUGCAUUCUCUUCA